ACCAGUGUGUGUGUGUGUGUGUCAGUCAGUGUGUCCUCUGCUACCGUGAACUAAGCCACUUCACCUCACGCUCCAGGAGAGAAUGCGCUAAACACCCCGAGAUGGGCUCCUGCAACAGUAAAAAUAGUGAGGACAGUUCCCUGCUGGAGACACUGGCGGACCACACCGACUCCAUCAACUGCAUGACCAUAGCUGACGACGAGUCGGUCCUGGUGACGGGGUCUGAGGACAAGACGGCGAGGAUGUGGACCACUCAAGACCCUGACGGCUCGGAGUGUCUGGGUACCCUGGAAGGCCACACGGGGUACGUGACGACCGUACAUGUGUUUGACACCAUCAUCAUCACGGGGUCCAGCGACAAAACCAUCAGGAAGUGGGACAUGACGACUUGUGAGUGUGACUUCAUCUAUUCAGGUCACACAGCAGAGGUGAUGCAGGUCAUCUGUACCGGCGACUACAUCAUCAGCUCCGCCAAAGACAAAACCGCCAAGAUUUGGAUCUUCGACACGGACGAUCUAGAAGAGGGUGAGGAAGAGAAAGCCUGUAUCCGUACCUUUAAGGGACACCUCAAGACGGUACACCCACUCAUCUACAUCCCCUCUGAUCCUGAGAAGGGGGAGGAGGAGCUGGUCAUCACGGGCAGCACAGACCACACAGCUCGCUUAUGGUCCAUCGACAGCGGGUCUUGUCUUCAGGUGUACAAGGGCCACACGGGAUCUAUUAUGACCAUGGCGACGGACCUUGACGCCAGGAUCCUCUUCACAGGCAGCACCGACUCUACCAUCAGGUCUUGGGACAUCAGAAGCAGCAGGCUCUUGAAGAUAUUCUCAGGCCACACUACUCCCAUCAUGUGUCUGUCUGUGGUGAAUAAACUCAUGUACACUGGAGACACGGCAGGUGUAGCUAAGUGCUGGGCGUGGAACUUCGGCGACUGCACCAAGGAGUAUAAGGGUCAUAAACACUCUAUCACCUGUCUCAAGUUCUUCAAGGGCAUCUUGUAUACUGGAUGUGGUGAUGGUGACGCUAGGGCCUUUGAAGCCAAGAGCGGGUUACUGACAAAGACCUUCAAAACUAAAGAAUCAGCUGUCGUCAUCAACUGCCUGGGUCUCUGUAACCACAAACUCUUUACGGGAGGCAGGGACGGCAAGCUCAGAGUCUGGGACAUUACCAAGACUGAUGGUGUUGAAUGUUCCUAACCAUCGAGUGAACAAGAAAAACCCGCAGACGUUCACAUGAGGAUGGAGAUAAGUUUGUUUUUGUAUUAUUAUCUCCACUGUCUACUACAUCUCCGCCCCCAACUAUUAACCAAGAUAGUAUUUAUAUAUAUAUCCAUCCUUCUCUCUCCUUACCUAACGCAGUAUACCAACACCUCCCUCACUCUCCCUCGAUUCCUUUGCGUCGUAACUGUGGUAUUUAUUCUUUUCUGUUGUUGAUUAAUGCUCAAUAUUACCCGGCAGUGAUACUAUAUAUACCGGUCCUGUACCGUGAGCUCAGUACUGUGGUGCCACCUAGAUGAUAUGACUAGAGAUCUUUGUGUUUUGUAUAUAUUAUAAAUCUAUACAGUCAGCCACAGAAAUAAGUACACAUUUAAGGUUCGUGUUAGGGACAAAUUAUCUGGUAACACUGUCUUGAACAACACUGAUAAAAAUACAGUGACCAGUAAUUUAUGUUUUAUAUUUACAUCUGUGUUAUAAGUAAUUUGUUGUGAAUAUUUUAUAAGUGUCUUGUGUUUGUAUUAUAAAUAUAUUGUGUCGAAUGAUAUUAAGCUUGUUGCCGAAUGGGAUUGCAGUUGUCUUACGGCUCCCUCCUUUCCCUCCUCAAUUCU